GUGAAGAGAGGAAGUGACAGGUAAACCAUGGCCGUGGGAGGCUAUUGGAGGCGAGGUGGUUCGGUCGUCGUGCUAGCGAUCGUCUUCAUUGGAUGUCUAUCUGCAAUUUCUAUCGCAAAGGAGGAGGCAACAAAAUUAGGAACUGUUAUUGGAAUUGAUCUUGGAACAACUUACUCCUGUGUUGGUGUUUACAAGAAUGGUCAUGUUGAAAUCAUAGCAAAUGAUCAAGGAAAUCGUAUUACACCAUCAUGGGUGGCAUUCACUGACACAGAAAGAUUGAUUGGUGAGGCUGCAAAGAACCAGGCAGCUGUCAACCAUGAAAGGACUAUCUUUGAUGUUAAGAGGCUUAUUGGAAGAAAGUUUGAGGAUAAGGAAGUCCAGAGGGAUAUGAAGCUUGUUCCUUACAAGAUUAUUAACAAGGAUGGCAAGCCUUAUAUACAAGUCAAAAUCAGAGAUGGGGAAGUUAAAGUCUUCAGCCCUGAGGAAAUCAGUGCCAUGAUUCUAACAAAGAUGAAGGAGACAGCUGAAGCAUUCCUUGGGAAGAAAAUUAAGGAUGCUGUUGUUACUGUGCCUGCAUACUUCAAUGAUGCUCAAAGGCAAGCUACCAAGGAUGCUGGUAUUAUUGCUGGACUUAAUGUUGCAAGAAUUAUUAAUGAACCAACUGCUGCUGCCAUUGCCUAUGGACUGGACAAGAAAGGUGGUGAGAAAAACAUCCUCGUAUUUGAUCUUGGUGGUGGAACAUUUGAUGUCAGUAUCUUGACCAUUGAUAAUGGUGUCUUCGAGGUUCUUUCCACUAAUGGUGACACCCAUCUCGGAGGUGAGGAUUUUGAUCAAAGGAUCAUGGAGUACUUUAUCAAGCUGAUCAAGAAGAAGUAUGGAAAGGACAUUAGCAAGGAUAACAGGGCUCUUGGAAAGCUUAGAAGAGAGAGUGAGCGUGCCAAGAGGGCAUUGAGCAGUCAGCACCAGGUCCGAGUUGAAAUCGAAUCACUCUUUGAUGGUGUUGAUUUCUCUGAGCCAUUGACUCGUGCUCGCUUUGAGGAGUUGAACAAUGAUCUCUUCAGGAAGACAAUGGGACCUGUGAAGAAAGCUAUGGAAGAUGCUGGAUUGGAGAAGAACCAAAUUGAUGAGAUUGUUCUUGUUGGUGGAAGCACCAGAAUUCCAAAGGUUCAACAGCUCCUGAAGGAUUACUUUGAUGGUAAGGAGCCUAACAAGGGUGUGAACCCAGAUGAGGCAGUUGCAUUUGGUGCUGCUGUACAAGGUGGUAUUCUAAGCGGAGAAGGUGGUGAUGAAACAAAAGAUAUUCUUCUGUUGGAUGUGGCUCCACUUACCCUUGGUAUUGAAACUGUCGGUGGAGUGAUGACCAAAUUGAUUCCUAGGAACACUGUGAUUCCAACCAAGAAAUCCCAAGUUUUCACUACUUACCAAGACCAACAGACCACCGUCUCCAUUCAGGUUUACGAAGGUGAAAGAAGUCUUACCAAGGACAACAGACUGCUUGGAAAGUUUGAUCUUACUGGAAUUCCUCCUGCUCCAAGGGGAACCCCUCAAAUUGAAGUCACAUUUGAGGUUGAUGCAAAUGGUAUCUUGAAUGUUAAAGCUGAAGACAAAGGCACUGGUAAAUCAGAGAAGAUAACCAUCACCAAUGACAAGGGCCGCCUGAGUCAAGAGGAGAUCGAACGCAUGGUUCGCGAGGCAGAAGAGUUUGCUGAGGAAGACAAGAAAGUAAAGGAGAGGAUCGAUGCCCGUAACAGUCUGGAAACCUAUGUGUACAACAUGAAGAACCAAAUCAAUGACAAGGACAAGCUUGCUGAUAAGCUUGAAUCUGAAGAGAAGGAGAAGAUCGAGACAGCUGUGAAGGAGGCCCUCGAGUGGUUAGACGACAACCAGAAUGCCGAAAAAGAGGACUUUGAUGAGAAGCUUAAAGAAGUGGAGGCGGUUUGCAAUCCAAUUAUUUCGGCUGUGUACCAAAGAUCAGGUGGUGCCCCAGGUGGUGGAUCAUCAUCAGAAGACGAUGAUGCUCAUGAUGAGCUGUAGACAGACGAUGAUGAAGAGUACGUACGUGUUGAGGCGCAUAGGAUACUAGGUGAGGGAUGAGUUUAGCGUAAAUCUUCUGUGUCCGGAAUUUCAAGUGAAGAGAUUUCACCCACUUUGCUUGUUUUUGUUGAAAGGAAGAAUACUCGAGCAAGAUAUUUCCAUUUACAUGAAACAAAUGGUACUUCUUGAGAUUUUUAACCAA